UUCUUUCUUUGUAGCAUUACACUACUUCAUCUCUGGAACGGGGAAGUGGAGUAAGUAAAACGUUGGGCUCUGCUAGUAUUGGUUUCACUGCGUUUAAAGGAAUCGUAACUCAAUUCAGAAGAAUUUCAUUUUUUUUGUUUGUUUAAAAGCUAAAGCUUAAAGCUAAAGUAUGGGUUUUUGAAGCUGUGUAAGAACUCUUUUUCUGAGUUUCAUUUUUCUCGUUUGGCUCCUUUGUUCGUCGAGGAGAUUAUACCAACAAAAUCCCCAGAAAGUUCCUAGAUUUCGAUCUUGUUUAUCAAAAGCUUCUAGCGUUUUUUUCUCUGGAUUUUCAAAAAUGGGUCUGUGUCAUUCAGUAGAUAGGAAGGAACCAGGAGAAACAAGCACCACCGCCUCAACGGCGGAGGAGGAUAUAUUAGGCUCCGGAAGGUGGCGGCCGCCGAGAGGUUACAAGGGAGGCGGCGAAAUCGAAGGGACUCAACAGGCUUUGGAUCGGUUGAUCUCGAAUGGUUCAAGUAAAGUUGCAUGUCUUUACACACAACAAGGCAAGAAAGGAACCAAUCAAGACGCUAUGCUCGUCUUUGAGAACUUUUGUUCGAGAGCGGAUACAGUGUUUUGUGGUGUAUUCGAUGGACACGGACUAUUUGGUCAUAUGGUUGCCAAGAAAGUCAGAGACACAUUGCCCUCCACACUCUCAACACAGUUGAAAUUAGCAUCAGAGUCAGAACAAAGCGGCUUAGUGAAUGAGGAAGAGGAAGGGCAGAGAAGCGAGUCUGUUACUACUACUAUGGCUGAGCAAUGGUGUGAGUUGAAUCCAAACGGUGAACAACUUCCAGAGAUGUGUCUGCCUCUUAAACACGCCUUGCUCAAGUCUUGUCAGCAGAUAGAUAAGGAGCUUAAAAUGCAUCCAACUAUUGAUUGUUUCUGCAGUGGCACAACUUCAGUCACUUUGAUCAAGCAGGGUGAGGACUUGGUGGUCGGAAACAUUGGUGACUCAAGAGCUGUUCUUGCCACAAGAGACAAAGACAAUGCUUUGGUCGCUGUACAACUAACCAUAGACUUAAAACCGGACCUGCCAAGCGAAUCAGCGAGAAUCCAAAAAUGCAAAGGCAGAGUCUUUGCGUUGCAAGAUGAGCCAGAGGUAGCUCGUGUAUGGUUACCAAACAGCAACUCACCUGGUUUAGCAAUGGCUCGAGCUUUUGGUGACUUCUGUCUCAAAGAUUACGGUCUUAUCUCAGUUCCAGACAUCAACUACCGCCACCUUACAGAAGAAGACCAGUUCAUCAUUCUUGCUAGCGACGGUGUAUGGGAUGUGUUAUCUAACAAAGAGGCUGUGGACAUUGUUGCUUCAGCUCCUAGUCGAAGCACAGCAGCUAGAGCUUUGGUGGACACAGCGGUUAGAUCAUGGAGAAUCAAGUAUCCAACUUCCAAGAACGAUGACUGUACUGUAGUCUGCCUCUUUCUACAAGAUUCAAGCAAUGUAGUAAAGGAUUCACUCAGAGAAGACUCUGUAGAGAGUGUCAGUAUCAGUAAGAAGGAGGAGGAGAUUGUUGCAGUUAAAGAGGAAAGUAUCCCUAAGAGUUGUGGGAUUGAGUCAAAGAUGAUGACAUUGACACUUGCUGAAUGUAUAUCGGUUGCACAGGAUGAUGAAGAGUGGUCUGCUUUGGAAGGGUUGACUAGGGUUAAUAGUUUAUUGAGCAUUCCAAGGUUCUUCUCUGGUGAGCUUAGAUCAACUAGUUGGAGAAAAUGGUUGUGACUUCUUUUUUUUUGUUUACUUGUGUGCUUCUAAGUUAAACCUACACAAACACUACACACAUCAUCACCAUGUUCUUUGUUUCAUAUUCAACUUUUGUUUUUUUUUUCUUCCAAUUAAUAUUUUAGACAUGUGAGAUAGUUCAU